GAGAUGCAGAAGUAAAACGGACGAGUAGUCUCUUAGUAAAAGGCAGAAUGAAAGGAUCCAAGUUGUACGUGGUUCUUGUCUUAGCGACAACAAUAUCAUUUUCUUUCGCUGAACUUUGUGAUUUGGAGAAACAACCGGGAUGGUACAAAUGUCAAGGUCUUUCGAGUUUAGCAGAAUUGGCCUCGUUACCGGACUCCGUGGUUGGGCUUAAAUUGGUGAAGUCUAACAUCAGCAAUAUACCAAGCGACGCAUUCUCAAGAUUUGCCGGUAGUCUGAUAGAAUUGAGGAUCACCGGAUGUUCUCUUGAGAAGAUAGAAGACGAUGCAUUCAAAAGCCUCGAUAAACUGGAGACGCUCGACUUGUCGAACAAUCGGAUCGUAGCGAUCGAGACAUCCUGGAUACGGGGAUUGUCGAAUUUGAAGGAAUUGAUCGUUUUCAAAAAUCAAAUUCGUAAGAUCGAUUCAGAGUUUUAUGGUCUAUUACCGAAACUCGAGUUACUCGAUAUAGCUUACAACGAAUUGGUCGAUUGUAUUGCCGAAUCGAACAUAAAAAAAUUGACAAAUUUAAAGUUAAUAUUAAUAGCGGGCAAUCCAUGGUCUUAUCGUUGUAGAUCGGAAAUGACUUAUAUGUUAAAACGUAGUAACGUUAAUUGGAUAAAGGAUUGGUCCGUUGGGGAUCUUUUGAUCGAGGAGUGUCUAGCGCACGAACCUAAUGCCAAAACCGACGACGCGAUCUUAAAGAAAUGCGUCGAUAGAAAAUCAUUCGAAUCAAUUGGUCCGAUAUUACCGAAUUUGGAAAAGAAAGUAGAGGAAUUGUCAAGUAAGGUCGAGGAAUUGAAAAACGAGGUGAACGACCUUAAGAAAAAGUCUUAAAUUGAAACUUUGAAAGUACUCGUUUCUUCUUUCUUGGUUUAUCUGUCAUUUUAAAUAUCAAAUAUGAACAAUGAUUGAUAUUAGAUGAUAUUAUUAUUUCAACGAAA